CUGCUGAGUUUGGGCGCAGUCGGUUCCGAAGAUCGCGCCGGUGUGGUCCACGCCUAGAAAGAGAAUGUCAGUGGUGCACCAGCUGUCACCAGGAUGGUUACUGGAUCAUCUUUCUUUCAUUAACAAGAUCAACUAUCAAGUUCACCAGCAUCACGAGUCUUGUUGCAGUAAAAAUGAGCCCAAUGCUUCUGUUCACCUUGAUUCUAUGUCCUCCUUUGGAUCCUCAGCUAAAUUUAUUGCUUCUGACUCUACCACUAAGCCCAAGAAUGAUGAUGGAGGAAAUUGUGAAAUGUUCAUACAAAAAUAUAUUUUUAGAUCUGAACUGUUUGAUAUCACUAAACCUUAUAUAACUUCAGCUAUUCACAAGGAAUGCCAACAAAAUAAUGAAAAGGAAGAUCUAAUGAAUGGUGUUAAAAAAGAAAUCUCCAUUUCUACUCUUGGGAAGAAGCGUAAAAGGUGUGUUGGUUUCAAUCAAGGUGAACUGGAUGCUAUGGAAUACCAUGAAAAGAUCAGGGGGCUGAUUUUGGAUGGAUCUUCACAGAUAAUCCAAGAAGGUUUAAAAAGUGGCUUUCUUCAUCCACUUUCUGAAAAACAGGACAAGUGUAAUGAACCCAUUACUUUAUCAUUUGAUACCUGCAAUUUAUCAGAAUUGUGUGAAAUGGCAAAGCAUUUGCCUUCUCUGAAUGAAAUGGAACUUCUGACAUUACAAUUGAUGGAAAACGAUAUGUCUGUUACAGAGCAGGAUUUAUUUUCACGGAUUGUUGAAAACAACUCUAGAUUUACAAAAAUGAUUACUUUAAUGGGACAGAAAUACCUGGUGCCACCAAAAAGCAGUUUUCUUUUGUCUGACAUUUCUUGUAUGCAACCACUUCUGAAUUGUAGGAAAACAUAUGAUGUGAUUGUGAUAGAUCCACCAUGGCAGAACAAGUCAGUUAAAAGAAGUAACAGGUAUAGUUAUUUGUCACCACUGCAAAUAAAACAAAUACCUAUCCCUAAACUGGCUGCUCCAAACUGUCUUGUUAUUACUUGGGUGACUAAUAGACAGAAGCACUUACGUUUUGUAAAGGAAGAACUCUAUCCUUCGUGGUCUGUGGAGAUAGUUGCUGAAUGGCACUGGUUAAAAAUCACCAAUUCAGGAGAGUUUGUGUUCCCAUUAGAUUCUCCACACAAAAAGCCUUAUGAAGGUCUUAUACUGGGAAGAGUUCAAGAAAAAACUACUUUACCAUUAAGGAAUAUGCUCCCCAUUCCAGAUCACAAGUUAAUUGUCAGUGUACCCUGUGCCCUUCACUCCCAUAAGCCACCUCUUGCUGAGGUUUUAAAAGACUUUAUCAAGCCAGAUGGGGACUAUUUGGAAUUGUUUGCUCGAAAUUUACAGCCCGGUUGGACUAGUUGGGGCAAUGAAGUCCUCAAAUUUCAACACGUGGAUUAUUUUAUUGCUCUAGAGUCUAGAAGCAGACUCUGAUCUUAAAGUUGUGAUUUUCUUCAGUUUUUCCUUAUCUCUCUCCCUGUAUUCUGAUUUUUUUAAAAAAUUACCAAGCAGUAUGCUUAGAACUGUAAAAAGAACAUGGUUGUUCAGUAAAAUGGCCAGAGGUGACUAGCCUUUAUGUGAUUUUGAGAUGAAUUUUACUUCACUUGCAAUAGUAUUAUAUAUUAUUCUAGCUCAUUACAAAUAAAGAUGGUAAGUGUUUAGAAAGAUGGCAAGACUUUGUUAGGAAAAAGUCAUGAAGCCUGCACUGUGGACCAGAGGUCAUAAUUCUGCCUAUGGAUGUGUUUUAUUUGGCCCACACAUUGAUAUAAAACAUUGGAACCAUCAUUCUAGAAAAAUCAGGAAAUUUCACAUAGAAGUCCAGUAUAUGUUCUUUCCUAUGUCAAUCUGUAGGACUCAGUGGUGGCAGCUCUUUUGGGAGGGGUCAUGUACUCCCCAGUUUAUGGCAGUGUACCUCUUGCUCCAUGACAUUCACUUACAUUAUCAAUCUGGCCCCUGUAAAAUCUAAAUAUACAGCCUCUGUUAUACUGUAACAUCCUGGGAAGAGCAUUCAGAGACCUGCCAAGUUUGUACUGAGUUUAGGGAACAUUUUUGGAGGAUUUUAAAUGGUGUUCAAAGCUACUUUUCAAGUAUGUGUUAUUUUUCUGGCAAAAAUUUAAAAGAAUUUUCUUACACUAGUAAAAAUGUCAGAGGUGGCAUAAUAGAUGGAAGCUACACUCAGUUCUCCCAGGACCAAACUGGAAUUUCAACUAAAAUACAGAACAAUCAACCUAAAUAACCAACUGAAGACUAGCUGAACAGAAGUCUCAUAACCAAAAUUUUACAGAAGAAGCCACAUUGAGACUGGUAGGAAGGGCGGAGAUGUGAAAGGGAUGGCCUCAGUCCCACAGGUGGCUGAGAUUCCAGAGGGAUCUCUCGGCUGCAAAGGUUCCCCCUCAGGAGCAUGGAGUCUCAAUCCUACGCUAGGCUCCCCUACCCAGAGCACUAGAGCCAGGAAGAAGUGCUCAUAUAACAUCUGGAUGUGAAAAAUCAGUGGGAAUCCUGCUCGCCAAGGAGACAGCUGUCUGCUAGAGACACAGGCGCACUCUUAACUAUGCUGAUGUGUUAUAUAUAAUUUUUAAAAAAACUUUGAGGUAUAAUUUUCAAAUAAAAAUUUCCAAUUUUCUGUGUAGAAGUUCAGUGAGUUUUGAAAACAUAUGUAAUCAGCUAUCUACCACUAUAAUUAUGAUAUAUGACAUUUUCUUCUCUUUCAAAGUUCAUGUGAUUCUUUGCUGUCAACCCCCUCUUUCCAGCCAUGGCCCUUGACAAAUAAUGAUUUGUUGUCUAUCAUUGUUUUUGCUUUUUUAGAAUUUCAUAUAAAUGGAAUUAUAGACAACAUAA